AUGGCGAGGAAGGAGGCAAAGCUAGCGGUUACGGCGGCAAAGACAGCAGCUUUUGAACGCUUGUAUACAGAACUAGAGGGCAAAGGCGGGGAUAAGAAGUUGUACAGACUAGCCAAGGUGAGGGAGAGGAAAGCGCGUGACUUGGAUCAGGGGUCCGCUCUUAGCCCCUUUUUGUUUGCUUUGGCGAUGGACGCAUUGACGCGCCACAUUCAAGGAGAGAUGCCGUGGUGCAUGUUGUUUGCACAUGACAUUGUGCUUAUUGACGAGACGUGGAGCGGCGUUAACGUGAGACUAGAGGUUUGGAGACAGACCCUGGAGUCGAAAGGUUUCAAGUUAAGCAGGAUGAAGACAGAGUACUUAGAGUGCAAGUUCAGUGAGGUGAUUCAGGUAGAGGAUGAGGACGUGCAUCUAGAUGCUCGGGUCAUCCCGAAGAAAGAAAGUAGUGAUAGUGAUGCUUCUAGACUUAGCGAACCUGGUGCUAGUCUACAUCAAGGUGGUCUGGGAAACCCUGUGGGACGGAUUGGAGGUACUGAAACUGACGAUGACAAUUCAGAGGCUUCUGGUUCAGAUGAAGAACAAGAAUUGAGAGUAAAUGGUCAACCUACAAGAGGGGCUUGUGCAAGCACAAGCUCAUUUCACUCUCAUUUGGAUCACAAGUUAUCCAAAGAAGAGGUCGACAGGCUAGAGAAAAAGAAAUGGACUUACAAAUGGAUGGUAGCCAUGUCAAAUCACAAGUGGAGGGGUACAGGCGAGUGUUUUCUGAAGGAGCCAGACAACUUCUUGUUUCAUGGCUUGAAGCCAACACUACACAAGCACUGGUUAGGUAUCUAUGAGAAGUCUGGAGGCGCAGAUUUUGAUUCAUCAAAGCAGAGAUUAUUUUUCUCCGUCUGCAACAGCUACCGGGAUAUUCUGCACCACAACAAGAAACCCUUCUAUCUCAAAGGUCAAGAAGAAGAUUCAAGUACCAUGGAUGCUUAUAUUAUGCAUUCUCUCAAUCAUAUUUUCAGAACCAGGGAUCUUGUAAAGAAGAACGAGGCAAAACUAGCUAAGCUUCAGGAGAAUGUGAAAGCAAAUGUCCUUAAUAAUGAAUCCUUUCUUGACCGUGGGUUCACUCGCCCUAAGGUUUUGAUCCUUCUCCCUCUAGCAAGUGUUGCAUUUCGGGUAGUCAAGCGGCUGAUUGAUUUGACACCUCCGAAAUACAAGUCUAAUGUAGAGGAGCAUGAACGUUUCUAUAGAGAAUUUGGAGCUGGAGUAAGUGAAGACAAGGAGGAUGAAGAUGCUACAGAAAUUCCUGAACUAAAAAGGACCUCAAAACCAUCUGAUUUUCAAGCAUUAUUUGGGGGAAAUAACAAUGAUCAUUUCAUGAUUGGAAUUAAGUUCACUAGGAGGAGCAUAAAAUUGUACGGUGACUUCUACUCGUCAGACAUGAUUGUUGCUUCCCCUCUUGGCCUAAUCACUAAAAUCGGGGAGGCAGAAUUAUACAAGGAUAAAAAUGUCGAUUAUCUUUCUUCUAUAGAGGUUCUAAUUGUUGACCACGCAGAUGUCAUAUUGAUGCAGAAUUGGUCACACGUGAAUACAAUUGUUGAACAAUUAAAUCGGAUACCUUCCGAGCAGCAUGGAACAGAUAUUAUGCGCAUUAGGCAAUGGUAUUUAGACGGUCAAGCGCCAUUCUACCGGCAAUCAAUAAUAUUAUCUUCUCACAUAAAUCCAGACAUCAAUGGGUUAUUCAACCAUCAUUGCCUCAACCACGAAGGAAAGGUCAAAUUGGCAAGCGAGUAUAAAGGUGUUUUACCAAAGGUAGUACUUCAAAUACGGCAGAUUUAUGAGCGAUUUGAUGUAAAGACUGCAGAAGAUGCCGAUGAUGCUCGGUUUGAUUAUUUCACAAAAAAGGUGUUCCCCAAGAUAAAGGAUUCCAUUGAGGGUGGUAUAAUGCUAUUUAUUAGUUCUUACUUUGAGUUUAUCCGAGUAAGGAACUUUUUGAAGUCACAAGAGGCAUCCUUUUGUCUACUGGGAGAGUACACCGAGCAGAGUGAUAUAUCUCGCGCACGAGGGAGGUUUUUCGAUGGAAAGAAGAAAUUCAUGCUUUACACUGAAAGAGCUCACUUCUAUCACCGAUACAAGAUACGUGGCAUUCAGAACUUGAUCAUUUAUUCACUUCCAGAGCGGAAAGAAUUUUACCCAGAGGUUGUAAAUAUGCUACAAGGGUCUGCUUGCACUGUUCUAUUUUCUCGCUUUGACCAGCUUCGGCUCGAGAGGAUUGUUGGUACUGCUGCUUCGAAAAGGAUGGUCACGUCGGACAAGGGUGUUUAUGUCUUCUGUUAAAAGGAAACUCACAAAAAAUUUCAACGGAGAAGUGUUUGGCCUCUCAAAUGCGUGCAACUGUUUCUGCAGCUCAAGGAAUGGCUUCUUGCCUUCACUUACCCAAGGGAAAAAAGAAAGAAAAAAAAAAUAGAUGGUUCUU